UUCUAUUAUACUUUGAGUGAUUAACUAUACUCUCAUUGUUUUCAAAUUUCCAAAAUGCUUCAUAGAAUGAAGCAGUUACAACCAAAGCAGUGUCUUCUUGUGUUCUUCUAUGUGUUUGUUAUGGCCACAUCAUCUCAUACUGCAACAAAAAUCAAAAGCAGUGAGACAGAUGCUCUGUUGAAGUGGAAAGCAAGCUUUGACAACCAAAGCAAGACACUACUCUCUUCAUGGAUUGGUAAUAAUCCUUGUAGUAGUUGGGAAGGAAUCACAUGUGAUGAUGAAUCAAAAUCAAUCUACAAGGUAAAUCUCACCAAUAUUGGACUAAAAGGUACGCUUCAAACUCUCAAUUUCUCAUCACUUCCAAAAAUCCAAGAAUUAGUUUUGAGAAACAACUCCUUCUAUGGAGUUAUUCCAUAUUUUGGUGUGAAGUCCAAUCUAGAUACUAUUGAGUUGUCAUAUAAUGAACUCUCUGGUCAUAUUCCCAGUACCAUUGGUUUUCUGUCCAAACUCUCUUUUCUUAGUCUUGGUGUUAAUAAUCUCAAUGGUAUCAUUCCUAAUACCAUUGCUAAUCUAUCCAAACUCUCAUAUCUUGAUCUUAGUUAUAAUCAUCUCUCUGGGAUUGUUCCAUCUGAGAUAACCCAAUUGGUUGGUAUUAAUAAGUUGUAUAUAGGUGAUAACGGUUUUAGUGGUCCCUUCCCUCAAGAAGUAGGUAGACUGAGGAAUCUAACAGAACUUGAUUUUAGCACUUGCAAUUUCACAGGAACUAUACCAAAAUCAAUAGUAAUGUUGACCAAUAUAUCAACUCUUAAUUUCUAUAACAACCGAAUUUCUGGCCACAUUCCUCGUGGUAUUGGAAAGUUGGUAAAUCUCAAGAAACUAUAUAUUGGAAAUAAUAGUCUUUCUGGCUCCAUUCCUGAAGAAAUUGGAUUUCUAAAACAAAUUGGUGAACUUGAUAUCUCUCAGAACUCUCUCACUGGUACAAUCCCUUCUACAAUUGGAAACAUGAGCAGUUUAUUUUGGUUUUACCUGUAUAGAAACUAUCUCAUUGGUAGGAUUCCUAGUGAAAUUGGGAUGUUGGUCAAUCUCAAGAAACUAUAUAUUAGAAAUAAUAAUCUUUCUGGCUCCAUUCCUCGAGAAAUUGGAUUUCUAAAACAACUUGCUGAAGUUGAUAUCUCUCAAAACUCUCUCACUGGUACAAUCCCUUCUACAAUUGGAAACAUGAGCAGUUUAUUUUGGCUUUACCUGAAUAGCAACUAUCUCAUUGGUAGGAUUCCUAGUGAAAUCGGAAAGCUCUCUUCCCUUUCAGAUUUCGUGUUGAACCAUAACAACCUCUUGGGGCAAAUUCCUUCUACUAUCGGAAAUUUGACAAAACUUAAUUCGUUAUAUCUUUACUCAAAUGCCCUCACUGGAAAUAUUCCGAUAGAAAUGAAUAACCUUGGCAAUUUGAAAAGUCUGCAAUUAUCAGAUAAUAAUUUCACAGGUCAUUUACCUCACAACAUAUGUGCUGGUGGAAAGUUAACUUGGUUCUCCGCCAGCAAUAACCAAUUCACAGGCCCAAUUCCAAAGAGUUUGAAGAACUGCUCUAGCCUUUAUAGAGUAAGGCUUCAACAAAAUCAACUAACUGACAAUAUAACUGAUGCCUUUGGCGUGCAUCCAAAAUUGGACUACAUGGAAUUGAGUGAUAAUAAUUUGUAUGGCCAUCUAUCACCGAAUUGGGGAAAAUGCAUGAAUCUCACAUGCCUUAAAAUCUUCAAUAACAAUUUAACAGGAAGCAUACCGCCAGAACUAGGCCGAGCAACAAAUUUACAUGAACUAAACCUGUCUUCAAACCAUCUUACGGGAAAAAUUCCAAAGGAGCUAGAAAGCUUAUCUUUGUUGAUCCAACUCUCGGUAAGUAACAAUCAUCUUUCAGGAGAAGUUCCUGCACAAGUUGCAUCAUUGCAAAAACUAGAUACCUUGGAGCUUUCAACAAAUAAUUUAAGUGGUUCAAUCCCAAAACAACUUGGAAGUUUGUCAAUGUUAUUACACUUGAAUUUAAGCAAAAAUAUGUUUGAAGGAAACAUUCCUGUCGAGUUUGGCCAAUUAAAUGUUCUUGAAGAUCUUGAUCUUAGUGAGAAUUUUUUGAACGGAACCAUUCCAGCAAUGUUUGGACAGUUAAAUCACUUAGAAACAUUGAAUCUCUCACAUAAUAAUCUUUCUGGUACCAUUCUCUUCAGCUCAGUUGAUAUGUUAAGCUUGACAACUGUAGAUAUAUCGUACAACCAGUUGGAGGGUCCGAUUCCAAGCAUUCCAGCCUUCCAACAGGCUCCAAUUGAAGCACUGAGAAACAACAAAGACUUGUGUGGUAAUGCUUCUAGCCUAAAGCCUUGUCCAACAUCCAAUAGGAACCCUAAUACUCAUAAGACUAACAAAAAAUUGGUGGUAAUUUUACCCAUCACUCUAGGCAUUUUUUUGUUAGCAUUAUUUGGUUAUGGGAUCUCCUAUUAUCUAUUUCGAACUUCGAACAGAAAAGAAUCCAAGGUUGCAGAAGAAUCACACACUGAAAAUCUAUUUUCAAUAUGGAGUUUUGAUGGAAAAAUUGUGUAUGAAAACAUUGUUGAAGCCACAGAAGAGUUUGACAACAAGCAUCUCAUUGGGGUUGGAGGACAUGGAAGUGUUUACAAAGCAGAGUUGCCUACAGGUCAAGUUGUAGCUGUGAAGAAACUCCAUUCAUUACAAAAUGGAGAAAUGUCCAAUCUGAAAGCAUUUGCAAGUGAGAUCCAAGCUUUAACAGAAAUCCGACAUCGAAACAUUGUGAAGUUAUGCGGUUAUUGUUCACAUCCAUUGCACUCAUUUUUGGUUUAUGAGUUCUUGGAAAAGGGUAGCGUGGACAAGAUUUUGAAAGAAGAUGAGCAAGCUACUAUGUUUGACUGGAAUAGGAGGGUGAAUGUCAUUAAGGAUGUAGCUAAUGCACUAUACUACAUGCAUCAUGAUCGCUCACCAUCAAUUGUUCAUCGCGAUAUAUCCAGUAAGAAUAUUGUUUUGGAUUUGGAAUAUGUGGCUCAUGUCUCAGAUUUCGGAACAGCUAAGUUUCUCAAUCCCAAUGCUUCCAAUUGGACCUCUAAUUUUGUAGGCACCUUUGGAUACACUGCUCCAGAACUUGCAUACACAAUGGAAGUAAAUGAGAAGUGUGAUGUGUAUAGUUUUGGAGUAUUAACCUUGGAAAUGCUUCUUGGAAAACAUCCUGGAGACAUUGUAUCUACAAUGUUGCAAUCAAGUUCUGUAGGCCAAACAAUUGAUGCUGUUUUGUUGACUGAUAUGUUGGAUCAACGCCUCCUUUAUCCUACUAAUGAUAUCAAGAAAGAGGUGGUAUCAAUUAUAAGGAUUGCAUUUCAUUGCUUAACUGAGAGCCCACAUAGUCGCCCUACAAUGGAGCAAGUUUGCAAGGAGAUCGCAAUAUCAAAGUCAUCUUCCAGGUCAUGUACAUGAUAGAGAAAGGGGUGAUUUAUAUAAGGAAUAAAUUAUAGCUAAGUUUGAAUGUUUUCUUUGCUUUCACUCAGA